AAAUCUUAUUCCCCCUGGAGAAACCCAUUGAGAGGUACUAGGAGUGGCCCAAGUGAUUAUGGGCCGAAUACAAGCCCAUUAAUGGCAGCGAAUGUUAUAUACCCAAAAUCUUACAGACAGAGAAGGAUGUGAGAAAGGGAGAUGGGGUGCUGCGUGAGCGCCGGAAGAGGGGAGGAGGAGACCCCAGCCGCCAUGGAAGAAGAGAAGGUGAAAGAGGUUGUCAUUCACUCCAUCUCCGAGACUCCCAUCUCUGUCCCCUUACCCGAAACCACAAAUUCACAAGCCCAACAGCACUCGAUCCUUCUUCCAUCCACUCCCACUCCCACUCCCACUCCCAAACAGGAUCUUCUCACCCCGGAGAUCUCUGAAAUAACCGAGACUCGAACCGUCUCCACCGCCACAACCACAACCACCGUCUUCGAGGACGAUGCUCAAAGCAAACCCAACCCACCUCCUCCCCGACGGGGAGAGAAGCUCUCCAGAUCUCCAGCCGCCGGCCAUUCCCGCACCCAGCUUCGCCCUCGGCCUGUCCGCGAGAGGCCUUCCGACCGACAACAGAACGUGAAUGCGGGUGUCCUCCGACGCGGGGGUUUACGUGACGGGCCGACCCGUCGUUCCCCCGGCAGGGCGACGGGAGGGAGGAGAAGCCCCAUCAAGAAGCGAAACGACGGCGUCCGUGUCGAGAAGGAAGAAGCGAGCGGCGGCGGCACGGCCAAGAAGGAGGAGGGCGGCGGCUGCUCUCCCCCGGAGACGAUCGAUAACCCCUAUGUCUCUCUCGAGUGCUUCAUCUUCCUCUGACGCCUUCUCUCUCUAAUUUCCCUUUUUCUUUCUUUGGUUCCUGUGAAUCUCUGACCGCCAUUCGCGGUGUAGUUCUUGACUUGAGAGCCGCCUUUUUGUAAAUGAACCCCUAUGUGUACCAAUCUGUAGCUGAUUUAAUCUAAUCGUUUAUUUCUAGGGACA